AUGGUUGAUAUCAUUGUCCUAGCGUGUCUCAAUCUACCCAUCGAGAUACGUUACAAGGCCAAGAAUAUGUAUCUCAUGGGCAUUAUCCCCAGUCCUACUGAGCCUUCACUCGUGGAGCUGAACCACUACACUAAUCCUGUCAUUGAUGACAUGCUCAUCGCGUGGUAUAUCAGGCUACGACUUACUUGGACCGUGCUGCACCCAGAAGGACUGCUGGUAAAAUGUGCAAUAGCUAUUGUUGUAUGUGAUCUCCCAUCAGCUCGCAAAACCUCUCAGCUCGCUUCAUCCAUCUCCAAGAUCUUCUGCUCCGUGUGUGACUGCUGGAAAGUGCGGGACAAUCGGGGAAACAUAACCAUUGCUGAGCAGGACACCAUCUUCGCAAAGCAUGGUAUUCGAUGGUCUCCACUCUGGAGAUUACCAUACUGA